AUCAGUGUUGACUUGGUUUUGGUACAGUUAAACUGUCUUUGAGAUUAUAAACUUUAUUUUCAAGAAAAUACAAAAAAAAAAAAACAAUCAAAAUGAUGAAAUUAAUUGUUGCUAUCUGUUUGUUUGUUGUUAUCGUAAGCAGUGCUCCUGCCCCACAGGAUGUCCAACUUUUGGAUUUCACUAAUGAAAAUGACGGAACUGGCAACUACAAAUACAGUUUCUCUCAAAGUGAUGGCACCAAAGUCCAAGAAACAGGUGAAUUGAAAACAGUUACUGGCGAAGAGGGUCCUGUUGAAGCUGUUGUCAAAACUGGCUCAUACGAAUUUACCGAUGCUGAUGGCGGUGUUCAUCGUGUGACAUACACAGCUGAUGAAACUGGAUUCCAUCCAAUUGUUGAAAGUUAAAUUAUCAUCUACAAACAAAAAAUAUAGUUUCAUUAUUGUUGUUUAACUUAAAAUUGUGAUUUAUUUUUUUUUUGUAUUUAAUUAAUUAACUGAAAAAGAAACAAACAAAAAAAUUUAAGUAAAACAGUCUUUUCCUAGCACAAGAAUUAAAAAAAAAAAUUUGAAAUUAAAAUUUGAAACCGA